GGGUGGGACUAUUUUUGGUCAGUUCUAUUCUUCUGGAGGUAGUAUUGGGUGGUCAUGAGAGGAACCUACGAGCACGCAGCCGCAGCGUGGAAGUCCGUAAACCGCACACCCUGCUUCGCAAUGCGAUCGAGAUUCGGCGUGCGGAUCUCGCCGCCAAAGCAGCCUAUAUCCGAGAAGCCCAGGUCAUCGGCGACGACGACGAGGAAGUUGGGGCGUUUGGGAGCCAUGGUUUCUGUUAAUAGUGCAUAGAAUAUAGUCUAGAGGCCUCAUCUCGGCCGGAGAAGCGCAGAAUGCGCUCUAUUUAUCACGAUCAAUAUUAUCUCGAACUAUAUCUUGACUGGAUCCGAUCGUCUGUCGGCUGUCGGCUUUGCGAAACGCCUGAAUCCCAGGGGUUGGCAUGGAAGUACUGUGUACCUGGGGUAGCAGCAUGCUGAAUGGCGGGUUGAAGGCUGGCUCCAGUGAGAUCUUCGAGGGAAGAAUAUCAUUUCCUGGUUGAUAUGGCGCCAUUAGGGCUUUUGGUUGCGUCUCCAAGUCGCUCGGCUGUCGGCUGUUUGUCGCUUUUGGGCGUCAUCAGCUGACGUCAGCUGCCUCCCUUUUGGGUAGUCCGUGUACGGACUUCGAUGUUCAUCUCUCCUAUACAAGGGGAAGCAUAUCGUCUUUCAAGAGAGAUUCAGGAUGUGAAAUGGAAUAAUAUGACUUCCUACACGCAGAUCCCGCAAUGGGAUCAUACCGAUUCCACCGUGCACCCUGAGCCGCUCCUGUCACGACAAGGAGUAUUCCGUAUCUACUGGCUCACGGCCAUUGUCUGUUGCGGUGGCAUACUUUUCGGAUAUGACUCGGGCGUCAUCGGGGGUGUCCUCACCUUCGACUCCUUUCUCCGUGACUUUCAUUGCACCCCUGAUAUCCAAACCCGCGUGAGUGCUCUCGCGGUAGGGAUCCAACAGGCCGGCGCCCUGGUUGGCUGCCUGGCAAUAUGGCCUGUAACCAACCGCCACGGUCGUCGACGAGCCAUGAUGUACUGCUCCGCCAUCUUCUGUCUGGGGGUCGUCUUCGAGGUCAUCAACUCGCACUCCCUGCCACUCUUCUACCUUGGCCGCGUCAUCUGCGGCCUCGGGAUCGGGGGAUCCGCCACGGUGAUCCCCAUCUACCUCUCAGAAAUGAGCCCGACGGACAUGCGCGCCCGCCUGGGUAGCUGCUACCAGUUCACGUUCACCGUCGGCAUCCUCGUCUCCUACUGGGUCGAUUACGGAAUCCAAUUCCGCGCCCCCACCGCCGCGCAGUGGCAAAUCCCACUAGCCCUACAGCUCGUCCCCGGCGCUCUCAUGGGCCUGGGCAUGCUGAGUCUCGAUGAAAGCAUUCGCUGGCUGCUCAGCCAAGGCGACUCCCAUCGCGCCUGGACCAGUCUAACCUGGAUCCGGGCAUCAUCCGGGCCCUCUGUGGCGGCUGAGUUCGCCCAAAUCAAAGAGGGCAUCGAAGCCGACCGCCACGCCACCGCCGACUUCCAUGUGCGCGAACUACUCGAAAGACCCAAUGCCCGUCGAUUCCUGCUAGGGAUCAGUCUCUUCCUUGCGCAGCAAUCCACCGGCGCCACGGCAAUGGCCUACUUCGGGCCGCAGUUCUUCUCGCUGUUGGUGGGGCCCAGCGGGGCAAACCAGUCCCUCACACUCCUGCUCACGGGGAUCUUCGGCGCCCUGAAAGUCAUCAGCUGUCUCGCGUUCAUCAUCUGGGUCGCCGAACGCUUCGGCCGAAGACCCCUGCUCAUCCUCGGCGCCCUGGCCAUGUCCCUCUGCAUGGUGUCCACUGCCUUUGUCGUCAGAUCCGACCCGUCCACUACCCCAAGCCACACCACCAGUAGUAGCAUAAGAACCACAGGAAUAUUAACCAUCUCCCUAAUCUACCUGGACAUCAUAGCCUACAAUUUCUCCUGGGGUCCCCUCCCGUGGCCCUGCACGGCCGAGCUCUUCAACACGCGCAUCCGCGAGCCGGGCGUCGCAGCCGGCGUCGCGGCCCAAUGGCUCGGCAAUUUCGUCUGGUCGGCCAGCACGCCGUAUAUCCUGGCGGGCAUGGGCUGGGCUACGUUUCUGUUAUUCGGGGUGCUAGAUCUGGCCAUUGCAGGGUUUGUGUGGGGCUGUUUGCCUGAGACGGGGGGGAGGAGCUUGGAGGAGAUCGAGGGGCUUUUUGAGAGUAUACUGGAUGAGGAGGGCUUGGGGAAGGGGAGUGAUUCUUCUUCUUCUUCUUCUUCUAGACAUGGGGGUAGAGAGGGUGAGAGAUACGGGUCUAUUGGGGAGUAAUUCUACAGUAC